CCCAAGAUGGCGGCCGCAGUGCUGCUCCGGGGCCUAGCUCCGGGCCGCGGCGGCCCGGCCUGGGGCUGGCGACUGCGCGCGUCCUCGAGGCGCCGCCUAGCUCACGACUCCGACCGUCAUGGCGGCGACAGCGCCCACGGCGCGGGAUGGGCCUGCUUCCCACUCGGCGAGCGCGCCGUGGUGCGCGUGCGCGGGCCGGACUCGGCGCCUUUUCUCUCGGGGCUGCUGACCAAUGAGCUGCCGCUUCCGGGUCCUGGGGACGGAACGGCCCCGCCGCCUGCGCGCGCGGGCUACGCCCACUUCCUCAAUGUCCAGGGCCGGACGCUCUAUGACGUCAUCCUGUACAGGCUCCACGGGAGCGAAGACGAAGAGGCUGGUUUCCUGCUAGAGUGCGACAGCUCCGUGGUGGAUGCGCUGCAGAAGCACCUGAUUCUCUACAAGAUCCGCAGGAAGGUCGUGGUUGAGCCCUGCCCAGAAAUGAGCGUGUGGGCCCUGCUGCCCGGCGCUCCCGAGGCCAGCCCAGCCCUGCCCCUGCAGGAGAAGGCCCAGGGAGCCAUGGUCCUCGCCCGGGACCCCAGGGCGGCCUGCAUGGGCUGGCGGCUGCUUGCUCCAAAGGAGGCCCCGGCCUGGGACCUAGUGCCUGGAGGCCAGCCUGGGGAUCCCCGUGACUACCGUCAGCACCGGUACCGGCAAGGAGUCCCUGAGGGCGUCCGGGACCUGCCCCCAGGCGUGGCGCUGCCCUUGGAGUCCAACCUGGCUUUCAUGAACGGUGUCAGCUUCACCAAGGGCUGCUACCUGGGCCAGGAGCUGACUGCCCGCACUCACCACACGGGCGUCAUCCGCAAGCGUCUCUUCCCCGUGCGGCUCUCGGGCCUGCUCCCCGCAGCCAGCAUCCCCGCGGGCACCGCCGUCCUUGCUGUGUCGGGGAAGGCAGCUGGCAAGUUCCGGGCUGGCGAGGGUGAUGUGGGGCUGGCCCUGCUGCAGUCAGAGAGGAUCAAGAGUCCCCUGCACAUCCGAACCUCCGAAGACAGCCAGGUGGCCGUGACAGCCUCGGUGCCCGGCUGGUGGCCCAAGGCCACCAAGUGACCCCGGCUGCCCCGUCCCCUCCCUUGCGAGCCUGGGGCAAGGCGACUGGGCCUCCCAGGGUGCUCCCUGGCUGCACGUGUACCUUGGAGAGCCCGAUGUGGGUCAGCUUCCGGGGCCACAGGCCAGGCUGCUGAGCGUGGGCUUUCGUCUCCUCUGGCCCUGGGGCUGGGAGAGGGGAACACGAGCCCACUGAGCCCAUGGCUGUGCCAGUCUGGCCCUGGCUUUCCGCAAACCCAAGAUGGGCUUGUACACAGGGUCUGUUGGAGCCCCCGGGCAUGGCGGGCGCUUUUGUGCAGAGAGCUGGCACAGUGACAGCUGGGCUUCGGGGUCUGCCCCUGCACCUCCCGUGUCCCAUGUACAGGGCACUCAGAAAUCAGCCUCGGUGGGGAGGAGGGCCAGGCAGCACUGAGACUGGGGCAGAACCUGGAUGGGGUGUGUAUCCACACAGCUGGAACGCUGGCUCUGCUCCUCACCGUGGCCAAGAGGGUUGAGUGUGCACACAGAGUGUGCACACACCUGUAUCCACAUGUGUGCCCACACUGCACACACAAACCAUAGGGGCACACACACAUCGCAAGUGCACACAUGCUACACACAGUGCAGGUGCAUGCACACACACCACACACACCGCAGGUGUACACACACCAUACACAUCACAGGUGCACACACGUACUCGUCACAUAUACCACCCACACUGCAGGUGUACACACCUGCAUGCACACCCACCCACACUGCACGGACACAUGCACACCACACAUGCCACAGGCACACACAAAUCACUCAUGUCCACACUGCAUGCACACAUACAAUCCACACUGCAGGCACACAUGCGUGCUACAUGCACACCCACCCACACUAUAUGCACACAUACACAUCACAAUGCCAGUGCACACAUACACAUAUACCACAUACAUGUCCACACUGCACACACAUAUACACACCACACACUGCAGAUGUGCACACGUAAGAUCACAUGCACAUCCACACUGCAUACACAUAUACAUACCCCCACACUGCAGGUGCACACACACAUCACACACACUUGCCAUACUGCAUGCACACACACACACCACACAUACAUGCACAUAAAUGCACACUUGUCACACACACAGGGACACUGUACAUGAGACAGUCUGUCCCUUCCUGAAGUGUGGCCUUAAAUGCACUUGCCUCGACUUGUGCUGUCAGGAGCACGGACUCGAGGUGCUCCCCAGAUGUCACCUCAUGCUGAUCUCCCCCGUUUGUACCUCAGAGACGUCUUUGCAGUGAGAGCACCACCCUUGGCCCUGGCUCUCUGUACCCCGUGCUUCAUGUCUGGCACCAAGGACAAGUGGGGCAGGUGUGGCUGCCUGGGGUCAAGAGCGGCCAUUGCACCCUUGCACCCGGGAGCUUCUGCUGAAGACUCUGGAUGUGUUUGCUCAUUUGCUGUUUUUCAAAGCAUAGCGAUGAGAGAAACGAUUCCAAUAGUCAAGGGUCGGGGACUCCUUUCUCCUUUUAUAAACCACUGACCCAUGUCAUCCUGUUGUAAUGUGAAAUUCCCAGUGACUGUGUGUCUCAGCUGAGGCAUCCAGUGUGACUAUUAAAGAGUGAUCUG